CAGAGCCCUGGCCCCUCCUCCACAAUGUGGCUUCUCAUCUUCACUUUCCUGCUGACGUCGGCAGCAGCCCAGGAAGGCAGCAGCAAGUUCCUGGGAGACGAGGAGUGCAGGCCCCACUCCCAGCCCUGGCAAGUGGCCCUCUUCGAGCGCGGCCGUUUUAACUGCGGCGCGUCCCUCAUCUCCCCGUAUUGGGUCCUGUCUGCGGCCCACUGCCACACGAGCAACAUGAUGGCGCGCCUGGGCGAGCACAACCUGCGCAAGCGCGACGGGCCGGAGCAGCUGCGGGCUGUGUCUCGCCUCAUCCCACACCCGCGCUACGAAGCGCGCUCCCAUCUCCACGACCUGAUGCUGGUGCGUCUAAGGCGGCCCGCGCGCCUCUCCCCGCAAGUGCGCCCCGUGCCGCUGCCCUCGCGUUGCCCCCAGCCUGGCGAGUCCUGCGUGGUGUCGGGCUGGGGCCUGGUGUCUGACACGGAGCCUGAGACCACAGGAAGCCGGGAGUCACAAGUCAAUCUCCCGGACACGUUGCACUGCGCCAACAUCAGCGUCAUCCCGGCCGAGUCCUGUAGCAAGGACUACGCGAGCCACCUGAUGAGCACCAUGGUGUGUGCAGGUGUGGAAGGCGGAGGCACCAACUCCUGUGAGGGCGACUCUGGGGGACCCCUGGUCUGCGGAGGCGUCCUACAGGGCAUUGUGUCCUGGGGUGAUGUCCCUUGUGACAGUACUACCAAGCCUGGUGUCUACACCAAAGUGUGCAGCUACUUGGAGUGGAUCAGGGACACCAUGAAGAGGAACUGAUGGCUUUGGCCCACCCCCACCCACCACCCUCCCUAC